GACAUUUCCUGAUUUCCAAACAAAAACAGCUAAUGAUGUUUGAGCAUUGUAAUUUUUAUAAGUGUUAGAUACGCUUUUGUUUUGUUAGUGCGACAUUGAGCAAAAUGUCUUCUAACAAUAGUGGCGACUGGAAAACUCCUGUGCUUCGUCAAAGGGUGAUUUUAAAUAUUGAAGAAGCUCUUAAGAAGUCGUCCAACUUGAUUGGCUCUCCAAAUGAGAAAAGUGCUGCGGAAAUUGAAGAUCAAAUAUUCAGUAGAUCAGGGAGCCGAGACGCUUAUCUCACAAUGGUGGCGAGGAUAAUAUUGCAUCUACAAUCAGGUGGUCAAAACCUACAACAACAACAACAACAGCAAGCAUCAACAAAUCAAGUACCGGGGAAUCCUAUGAUGAUUACUUCAAACAUCUCACAAACAGGACAGCUUAAAUUCAAUGAACAUAAUGUGCCUCAAACAGAUACACAUCAUAUUUCAAAGUUAUUGCCACAGCCAUCACCUCUUAAUGGAAUUUCUACACCAUCUCCUAAAAUCCCUUUACAUCACUCGCCGUCCCCACUGUCAUCACAUCAAUCAGCUAAACAAUCAAAGGUGCAAAAUGCAUGGCCAGUUCAAGUUACCUCGACCUCUGCUUAUCCUUCACCAUCCCCUGUCAUUCCUUCUCCAAGUCCUAUAAGUCAUUCUCCAGCUGCUGCAUCAUCACCUGCCCAGAUUAGUGCCCAGUCUCCUUCAUCACUGCUAGCCUCAAAGAUUUCUGGCAUCCCAAGUGUAGAGUCACCUGGAUCAUUCAACCCUCCAAGUAACCUCAAUUUGGGCUCUCAAGAAAGUCCUGGCAGGACAGAUUUAUCAGAUAAGGAAGAACAACAAUAUAUGGAAAAGCUUAAGCAGCUUUCAGUGUAUACUGAACCAUUGAGAAAGAUGAUUGCCAAGAUGCAAAGUGAUGAAGAUGUUGCCAACAAAGAAAGCAAGAAUUUAACAAAGUUGAAAAGACUUUUAAGUAUCUUGGGUAAUCCAAAGAAAGGGUAGCUUAUCAAGCUUUGUUGAAGGUCGAGGAUGUGUUACGACGAAAGUUACCUUUUGAAGGCGAAGGUGUGAGGGAGAGAAAACUUGGAAAGCCUGCUGAGCCUGUUCCUAUUGGACAUUCUCUUGUCGAAGCUUUGCAAACACAAGCAAAGACAAAUUCACAUCAAUACAAAAAUCGUAUGGCACAAUUGUUUACUCCGAUGCUUGCCACCAUUCAUGGUCCUAGCAUAUGUCCACCCCCCGUGCCAACAUCACGUGUUAGAGAACCAGAACUACGAUCCACUCUGCCACACGUCGUGAAGUCGGAGAUUGCGCAACUCAGUAAUAAGUUUACAAUGGAUUAUGCUAAUGAGGGCGAAGAUGAACGGAAUGAAAAUAUUUUGGUCUGUUCAAUAAAUGAUAAAACGUUACCAGCUGUUCCGUAUUUAGUGGUUCGUUUAUCGAGUAAUUAUCCAAAGACUUCGCCUCUUUAUGACACGAAGGAUUAUG